CCCACUCCCUUGCUAGACUGAUAUGUCUCAAGUGAUGUCGAGCAAGACGUCGGCGGGAGAAAUCGCCGGCGUCGUCAUUGUCGUAGUCGUCUUCCUCGUCCUCGGAAUUUUCGUCUGCGGCUGCGGUCCCAUGCCUCAACCCGCAGAAAUUGGUAUCGCGCGAAUGCGCGAGCGCAAAGAACGGCAUCAGGCACGGAUGGCAGAAAGACGGCGCCAGCGUGAGAUAGCUGAAGCAGAAUUACCGUUACAUCGGAGUCCAUCUCAAACUCGUACUCGAGCAAUCAUGUUCGCUGACGACGCAGGCCGCGGUGUACAGCCAAAGAAUCCUGAAUCUCAAACCAGUGUGCCGCUGCCUCCGCCUCCAGCCGCGCGUAUCCGUCCACCCACGCCUCCAGCACCAGCUCCUCCGGGAAUUUCCGAAGACGACAAUGCCUCGAUACACUCGAGCAGCUCCAGCUCCUUUUCAUCACAUUCGGAAAAGCAGAGCCUAGAAGAUGACGAGAAAGCAGAUGGCAGCGACAGUCGACCGGACGACAAGACUGCUUCGGCUUCUACCCUGAUCCCCGACAAAGAUGGCGCCUCAUCACCAAUCUCUGUUCCACCUCCUGUGUACUCUGAUACGACGAAGAAGGAGUAG